UGCGGGACACACACACGCGCUGCUCAGCGCACCGCGGCUCCUAUGAAACACACUGGGAUUAUUACUUCAGCGUUUUCUGACAGGACUGACACCGAAAUAAACAGACAGACUCCAGCAGACCCCAUUAGAACGGAAUUUAAGGUGCGUUUUCUGCACGCGCACCGUUCAGCGGAUAAAGUUUAUUUCUCCUUCAGGAUCCCAUGAAGGUUCAGUUAACACACGCCGCUCACAAAACACACACAUGUGAUGAUAUGCAAAACCAUGCUGAACGCUAUCAGGAGAUAGACAUCCUCAUUUUCUAACCAGGGGAAAGGAAGUUAUCUUUGGGGAAAGGGAGUUAUUUGCCAUCCUCUUCUCCAAGCUCUUCUUUUCUGGAAGUGUGGUCCAGCAUGGCGUCCAGCCUGACAUGUACAGGAGUAAUUUGGGCUCUGGUGUCCCUGCUGAGCGCCGCUGCGUCCUGCGUGGGCUUCUUCAUGCCCUACUGGCUGCUGGGCUCUCAGAUGGAUAAAGCGGUGUCCUUCGGCACCUUCCGCCGGUGCUCGUACCCCGUCCGGGAUGAGGAGCGUCAGGCGACGGUCAUGCUGGAGCAGUGUGGAAGGUACGCCAGCUUUCAAGGCAUCCCGAGCGUGGAGUGGCGCAUCUGUACGGUGGUCACCGGGGUGGGCUGCGGGCUGCUGCUGCUGGUGGGCCUGACGGCGCUCAUGGGCUGCUGCAUAUCAGAGCUCAUCUCCAGGAGCAUCGGACGUGCCGCCGGAGGGAUACAGUUCCUCGGAGGUCUGCUCAUUGGUUCGGGAUGCGCUCUGUAUCCUCUGGGCUGGGAUAGCGAGGAGGUCCGGCAGACGUGUAACAACAGCUCAGAUCAGUUUGAACUCGGUUCUUGUCAGAUCGGAUGGGCUUAUUACUGCACCGGGGCCGGUGCCGCCUCCGCCAUGCUAUUGUGCACGUGGCUCGCCUGUUUCGCAGGGAAGAAACAAAAGCAAUACCCAUAUUAGCAGACGCGACCUCAGCGACAGCAGGACGAUGCCUUACAAUUAAUGCAGCUCUGAAUCCUCAACACGGGACAUUUGUAGGAUUCAGAUGAGCAUGAUUUUGGACAGUACUUCCUCUGCAAAACUAGAGCGUUUUCAAUGCUAAAGGACCAAGUGAUGUUUUUUAUGACCACUGUUGUGAAUUUUACAGGAGUGCUUCUUUCUUUUUCUUUUUCUGUUUGGUCUCUCUUUCUCUGGAACUGAUAUGGUAAAAGUAAGCUUUGGUUCUGGUGUAAAAUAUUAGGUAACACUUUUAUUGAAGUCUGUAUAUGUAAUGGAUUAUUAGUACUUUUUCCAUGCAACACAUUAAAACGAAGGCUGAAACGAAGGCUAUCUAUCUAUCUAUCUAUCUAUCUAUCUAUCUAUCUAUCUAUCUAUCUAUCUAUCUAUCUAUCUAUCUAUCUAUCUAUCUAUCUAUCUAUCUAUCUAUCUAUCUAUCUAUCUAUCUAUCUAUCUAUCUAUCUAUCUAUCUAUCUAUCUAUCUAUCUAUCCUUCUGACCAUCCGUCUAUCUAUCUAUCUAUCUAUCUAUCUAUCUAUCUAUCUAUCUAUCUAUCUAUCUAUCUAUCUAUCUAUCUAUCUAUCUAUCUAUCUAACUCUCUAUCUAUCUAUCUAUCUAUCUAUCUAUCUAUCUAUCUAUCUAUCUAUCUAUCUAUCUAUCUAUCUAUCUAUCUAUCUAUCUAUCUAUCUAUCUAUCUAACUCUCUAUCUAUCUAUCUAUCUAUCUAUCUAUCUAUCUAUCUAUCUAUC